AUCACUUAUGGUGCGCCACACAACCAGACAGCUCCACCACUCCAGUGUAGGAUUGAGGAAGAACCCAGUUGGGGAUUGCGUUACUUGGAAAUUUCCUGAAUUGUGUCCUGAGAUAGUGAUGGUGCAUGUAGGGCUUGCUGGGGGAUAAAACAGACUGGUGAUUCCUGUGACUGAGUUGUCAUGGUUGAUCUGGGACCAGGACGGAAAACAGCAAUGAUUGAGAACCAUAAACCCAAGGAACUCUAGUUAUUACAUCAUCUUGGAUUGAGAUCACUGCAUCGCCAAGAGUAGCAGCCAUGGAGAAUGGAUUGACAACCUCUUCAACCCUGCACAGCACCCGCCAACAAUUCCGUCAGAAGUUUCUAUCCUGUCCUCGUUGCCGACAGCCCUAUGAUGACCAGACCAGGGUUCCCAAGAGCCUACCUUGUCUCCAUACUCUCUGCAUCCACUGCUUGUCAUCCUUCGUCAAUGGCAGGACAGAGUUUCCCUGUCCACUCUGCCAUGUGUCCACUCGCAUUCCGUCCAGUGGCAUGUCUUCCUUCCCAACCAACUUCAACGUCAAGAAGCUACGGGAGUAUUUGGCCAUGGAUGAGAUCCCCGACAGUAAGUUUGGUGGCGCUUUUGUCUGUGAAGGCUGUGACAAGCACGAGAGGGCACUUGUCUGCUGUGCCAACUGCGUACGCUACCUAUGCAGGGAGUGUUUGAUUACUCAUCAAUAUGCCAACGGCUUCCAUGACCACCACGUCAAUGUCCUUACAGAUCUGACUGAUGAUCAGGAAGCACAGCUUCAGCGACGUCGCCUGUUCUGUUCAAUCCACAACCGCCAGGCACUGACUCUAUUCUGUGAGAAAUGCAACGUAGCUGUCUGUCAGGUGUGCUCCAAUCUAUCCCACAUUGACAACGGACACCGGCUGGUAGAUCUGGGGUCUGUGAUUGAUGAUCAGCGGCGUGAGCUGGGUCACCUGAUGGGUAAGUGUCUCAUGCAACAGAAGCCUCUUGAGACACUCCUUGGGAAUAUCAUCACAGAGAUGGGGAAGCUGACAGCCAAUGCGAAGAUGACUGACAAGGACAUUCGUGACUUCUUUGCUGAGAGGCGGCGUGACUUGGACAAGCGUGAGGAGGACUUGAUUAAGGCAACUUGGACUGUACAUGAUAAGAUGGCAUCCGCCUUGAAGGAGCAGAAGGAUGCUGCCGAGACAACACUGGCUGCCAUCAUGGCUACAGGGGAGUUCACAGAGACAGCCAUUCUAAAUCGUAACCCUGUUGAGACUGCUCGAGCAUGGCAGAAGCUGAAACCGACCCUGACUGAGAUUAACAAUCGAAUCUUCCACUCCAAGCCAGUUGCAAACAGUCUGAUUGAAUUCCGUUACCAGCACAAUGCAGCUGAGAUGCAGUACCAGCUCAGCCUACGAGAACUUGGAAAGAUCUACACCAACAAAAUCGCCCCUUUCCAGACUGAACUGAAAGUGUACCCUGCUUUUGUGGACCAGGAGUGCAAAGUGGGCCUUGCAACGGUAAACCUUGAUGGGGAAAAAAGUACACAGGGCGGUGCCCUUGUGCAAGCAGAGCUCAAAUCUCCAGAGGGGAGCCCAAUGACCUGUGACCUGCAAGACAACAUGGAUGGAAGCUAUCACAUCGUGUACUCCCCAACUACGGCAGGGUACCACGAAAUGCUGAUAUCCGUGUCCAAGGAACCGAUGCAUAAUGAACCAAUCAGAAUUCUUGUCUUGGAGUUGCACACUGAUAUCCAACCUGGCAUUGUCAGUGAGGACUGUGUGAUUCGCUUGCAUGCAACUGACGGCAAAGGUAAUCCAGAACCCAUCCCCAAAGAAAUGAACAUUGAUAUCUGCUUAAGGGAUCCGAUGACCUACGAAACAGAAACAGAGGAACAAUUUGUAGAUGAUGGUUCCUAUGAGAUCAAGUUCCUUCCAAGAAUCGUUGGAGAUCAUUAUCUGAUUAUCUCCCUUGAUGGCACACCUCUGCGAGGUCCCUGCCUUGUCGUCUCUGUGCACAAAGUCUUUGAAUGCAUCUCUAAGGAUGAGGAGAUUCUUCUUGAGGAUGUGUCUGGUAUUGCCAUUUGUUCCAAGGGAAAUAUUUACCUUGCAGAUACCUUCAAGAACCAAGAAAUUGUGAAACUAGAUGGUGAUGGAAUGUUCUUGGAUACAUUCAAUGUCUCUUACAAGAACUACGCCUUGUUGACCAUUGACCUGGAGGACAAACUGACGCUGUUCUUCUUGAAUCGCAAGUGUGUCUCGACCUACAGCACAGAUGGAAAGUUUGUACGCCGCUUCCAGGCCAACGAAGUCAAGAACAUCACUAGUAUUGCUGUCAACUCACGUGGAGACACACUACUCCUGGACUGCGUGGAGUGCUGCGUCUUCAUGUUUGAUGAAAGGGUUUCCAGAUCCAGAGGAUUGGCAGCCAGGGAUGCGGUAGAGGCCAGCUCAACUUCCCCAUUAGUCUGUGCGUGGACAAGUUCAACAACAUGUACAUCAGUGACAAGGGCAACCAGUGUGUGGUCCGUGUCAACCAGGAUGGUAAGUACUUGAAACAAUUUGGUGACCGGGACAGCCUUAUGCAUCCAGGCUCCGUUUGUGUCACCAAGGACGGUUACCUCCUGGUUCAUGAUGAGAGAUUGGCACAGGUUG